AUGGCCGUUAAGAGGAGAUUCGCUUCUAUGACCGGAGCGAUCGCCAAAGGUGGCUUUGUCAACCUGCCCUUGGCUUUAGCUGACGGCUUGCACAACGUACCUCAGUUGUACGGUGACAAACCUAGGGCACAUGGCAAACUGGGAGUUCGGAAGAGUGGCGGGAUCAUAGCUACCAAGGUCGGUUUGGCUGUCAGGUGA